CGCUGUUUACAAGAGCGCCAUCUUGCCUUCUACAAAUUAAAGGGUCAGCGGCGCGACGCUUGAUCUGUCGUUCUAAGCUAAUUACAGCUAUUACGCGUCCCUCGACUCCCCAAAUAUAUGUUGCUGUAUCCGGAUGAAUAGGAGUGAAAGGACUUGUUUGGCCGUCGUCAUUUAACCCAGCAUCUUUUCGGACGUGAAAGAGGCCCGACGACUCGUUUGGACGACAAUGUCGCGACUCAAGCAGGACAAACGAGUGACCGAGCUUGAGCAGGCAAGAUUGAAGCUUGAUGGCGUACUUCAAAGCCUCAUGGAAAAAACCGAAGAAAGCCAGAGUUCAUCAUCACAAUCGGAAGAUGAAUCAAAGGCAUUGGAUGCUGCUGCUAAGGAUGCUUCUCCUAAGAAGGUUCAGAAGACCCAGAGGAAACGCCGUCGAAAAGAUGACUCUGCUGUGCAGAAUUCAAACACGUACAUCACAAAAAUAUAUGGCUGCAGUGUUGACCUUGCCCAGUUCGAUGAGAACUCCCCAUUGUAUUCAAUGUGUCGCAGCUGGAUACAGAAUAAACCUCUGCAGAGUUCGGAGCGGAACCAUGGUGUCGCAGAAAUAGACAAGAAAAAGAACGCAAAUGAUAGUGCAGAUGAGGACGACACAAAAGGAAUUUAUUUCCUACCUGCACCUGUGCCACCUCCCAAAGACGAUGCUGGUAACGUCAAGGACCUUCGAAUACCUUCACCUGUUCCACAGCCCAGUGAAAAGUUCUUCAUGGCAUCGGAUGACAGCGAGAUUGUGCCUGUGAAUGUCUUGCUGGCUGGCCAUCAAACACGUUGGAAGAAUGUGCGACAAAAGUGGAAAGAGGCGGCUAUGGCAAAUGAAGAGCGCUACAAAGAAAGCGCAGCAAUUCUUCUCAAGGCAAUGAGCAAUGACCAAGAUGCACCAUCGCAAUGGGAGAGUGCACCAUCUUAAGGCAAUAAGUGGUUCUACUUGCAUCAAUCCAGUGCAUUACACGACAUGUAGCAUCACAGACUUGAAUGCAGUUGAACUCUCUGUAUCAAAAUGUAUACAUGAGCUUAACUAAAACACAAGUGUAGCACAGUGAAUAUUUAGUAUGUGAGCAUUACUGGCCAUUUGCAAUGCACUGACCUUGUACUUGAAAACAAGUUCCAACUCAAAGCUUCAUUUAACUCAGCUAGUUUAGGACAGCGCUGUCCCUCAACCGAAGUCACUAACUGCAUCAUAAAUACUUAUCCGUAAACAUCUUACUUUUUGCAGAAUACUAGAUUGCCGGAGACAUGGACAAUAGUGGUAGUGCGCCAUCUUGUGGUGUAGAGCUUAACUAGGGACGACAAAGUUCAUUGCAGCAACCAGCUGUAAAGCUGUUGGUGUAGACAGCGACAUUUGCUAACAUGCAGGUUAAAAAAAAAAAAACACUUUUUUCUUCACCAGGAACACCCAUGUAACAAAAAUGUUUGACAAACCAUGGCAGGACAGUAUCACCAGCAUUGUUACUGCCAGCCAUGUCUCUGGUAUUCCGCAGUAAAGGUUAACACAUAUACGGACAAGCUAAAACUAAAUGCUUGUCUACGAUUCUUGCGAUAAGAAGUUGCUUGAGAAAAGUAGCUACCCCUAAUGCCUUUUGAAUGACUUGAGUGCCCUCUACUUUCUGGAGUUCAGCUGGAGUGUCAAAGUUGAGGAAUGUUUAGCUUAUCCAAGCUGCACGUGAUAAAGGGGCCCUGCAGCUCUGUUUUAUCUACGUUGCAGUAAAGUACUGCCUCACAAGCCUGUUCUCGCAAAAGAAAUUCAAAAGCAUUUGGUGUUGGUAUAGUGGAAAUAUUGACAAUUGGAAGUUGCCCUUCUAAAAGCGAUAGUGCUGGCUUAAUUCUUGAGCAUGAAAUGAAGACGAGUGCGGCUCUGAGACAAGACUAUCAGUACUGCUCAUUUGGUGCUCAUUAAUCUUAAGCAGUAUACAUAUGAACUGACGAGCUAUCUUCAAUUCCAGACUGUGGCAGCCACAUUAUAGAGUUGCGAUGUUAAAUGUCUGUGUGCUUUGCUUUCAGUUCCCUUUAAGGGACCCUGCAUGGUCAAAAUCAAUCCAAAGACCUCGAGAGCUGCAUCCCUUUAAGCCCAUUGUGGAGCUACUGGACGUAGAACUCAAUUAUUACUAUUAUCCCUCUCCUCUAGUCUUUUGUAGCAGUCACAGGCUGUGCAAGUGUGCUCGCUCCGGUCUGGGCUCUGUCCAGUAACUCACUGUCAUGCCUUUUGUAUAUUCUUUUCUUGAGUGCCUGAACCUGUUACUGUUGGUCUACGGGCAUUCCAAGUUUCAGUACCUUUGAAGGCAGGCACUUGAACAUAAGGAAUGUUGAAUUAACAGGGUUUAUAAUCCAGAAGCAAUAAAUAGGCCGCAAGGGAUGCCACAGUGGAAAGCUCUAGAUUCCUUUUGACCAGCUGGUGUAGUUCAAUGCGCUUUGCAACCUUGUGCUCAGCAGUAGAAUGCAACGGCCACUGUGGAAGCCAUUAGCUAAUGUUGAACUUUUGGAAGGUCUGCUGCAGAUGUUCGUAACUGCACAAUUUCAGAAUUUGUUAACCACUCUAGUGUGUUUCAAGGCCCCUAUAACACUGUGACACUACAUUUUGGAGUAUGCUGUUGCCCUGCACCAAUACUUUUGACACUGCUUUGUCUCUCUUGGCUCCAUGCCCUUCACAGCAAGGAUUAAACGUUUGUUGCGAGCAAAUGUUAUUUUAAAAAAAUGCCAUGUCUAUGCUGAUCAGCAGAAUGCUAUGGCUAUUGGCCACCAAGUAACUGUGGUGAGUAAAAAAAAAAAAAAAAUUUACAUUUGGCAGAAAAGCAUGAUGCAGCACAAAUACAGUGACCCUUGAACUCCCAAUACACAAUGUUUAUCUUAAAUUUGUUUAUUGUCAUGCCCAAGCCAGAUACACCUUAGCAAUGCCUGAAAGUGAGUGACUGUCGCAUUGGUGCUGCCAAGUGCAUACCCAAAAUACUGGCAUGACAGUUCUCACACCUGUUGGUCAAUUGCUUGCAAUGAAUUAAACCUGGAACAGUGUAUUGUGUCCAUGACAGUUGCAUUUUGCCUUGCUCUGUGAUGUCAGUGGCUCGGUGCAUACAGGCUGCCUAAUUAUAGAGCAUAGAGACCAGCUCUAUUCUACAGUAACUGUGCUUGCCAAUAUAGUUUUGAAUAGCUUUGUCUUUGACAAUGGUUGCAGCAAAUUUCGCCAUGUGACCAUGUUUUAAAGUCUGCCAAGUCAAAUGUUCUUCUUUUCAACACUUGUUGCAUUCAUUGUUGUCCUCGCCAAAGUUCAGCUGCGAAGUCCGGUUAUUGUAUAGCUAAUGGUGUGCAUUGUGGAAAAAGUAGUUCCUUGCACUUUUUGUCAUAGCCUGAUUUGUGCCCACGUGUGUAAGUUAUGAUCAUACUUCUUUCCCUUUUCUGCUUGUUGAUGUGUGUGAUUUGUGUAUGAACUUUCCUUGAACUGGUUCCUAAACAUUUGUUUACUGAGUAAA